CAUCUAUCCAGUAACCACUUGGCCAUGACCCCCCACGUCGCCCGUUCCUCCGUCAUUGUGUCGAGAGAUCAGACUACGUGAUGUCGACCUUUGAUGGGGUUGUAGAAGAAUUCCCCGAAAUCCAAAUCGAUUACUUCCGAAAAAAUCAAGAUAGGCCGCCUCUGGCAUGCUUUCUCAGCCAUGUCCACAGUGACCACCUUCAAGGGCUGGAGUCUUUUCGCUCCCCUUUCAUCUACUGUUCGGCGGCGACUAAAGAGUUGCUUCUACGCAUUGAAAAAUAUCCCCAUCGGAUGAAUUUCAACAAAGGAAUCCUGGAGGCACGACGACUACACUAUAAACACCUAUCCAAACUUCUGAGACCGAUCCCUUUGGACACUCCAACGGAAAUCGAGCUGACUCCCCGGGUCUCAAUCCGGGUCACGCUUCUAGAUGCCAACCACUGUACCGGGGCAGUGAUGUUUCUGAUCGAAGGCGAUGGAAAAGCAAUCCUAUACACAGGAGACAUCCGCGCUGAAACCUGGUGGGUCAACAGCCUCGUCCGACACCCGGUUCUUAUCCCGUACACGCUGGGGAGAAAGAGCCUCGACAACAUAUACAUCGAUAAUACUUUUGCACGCCAGUCGCACAUCUACCGGUCCUUUCCGUCUAAAGCGGAGGGGCUAGCGGAACUUUUGCAAAAGGUCACGUCUUACCCAUCAAACACGGUCUUCUACUUUCGAGCGUGGACCUUCGGCUACGAAGAGGUGUGGACUGCGCUGUCAGCGGCUCUAAAUUCUAAGAUACACGUGGAUCGGUACCAAAUGGGCAUAUACAAGGCUCUAACAUCCCCGGGGAAGGGCGAUGGUAUAGCAGCCUCGCUCUGCGGGUUUGCACUCGGGAAUAGAGUAGUUACAGGCUGCCUUAGCGACGACGAAAACGCUCACGUCCAUAGCUGUGAACCAGGCCUGAAUUGUCCGGUGCUAUCUUCCGAAAACACGGUCUUCAUAACCCCAAUUGUCAACCGAACCAGAGACGGGUCCCAACUCCCCGAGGUCGGCGCUGGCGGUGGAGGUGGAGACUUGUACCAGACCCACGACCUUGAGCUCCCAGACCAGUCAGCCCUAGACCAGCUGGACAAGCUGUGUCUUGAGCGCACCCACGACCCCCGUGCGUUGGAGCAAGUAAGGAAGACACUCGCGCAGGCAUUUUGGUCAAAGAGCCGAACGCUCUCGCUCGACCGGUAUGGAAUCAAAGACGAACACGACAUACCUCUUGAGAACCUCAUCAACGUCCUCAGUCGGGGUUCUACGGGCGGGAGUCGGUGGGAUUUCAGGGAUACCAGGCCAUCGGACCCGCUGCCCAAGGUUAUUCACUUUCCCUACUCCCGUCACUCCUCCUACGCCGAACUCUGCGGACUGGUCGCUGCAUUCCAUCCAAAGGAGGUGUUUCCAUGCACAGUCGACGCGGGAACUUGGAAUGAAGAUAUCUCAAUGGAGAGACUGUUUGGACAUUUGUGCACGGGGACAAGCUUUUCCCACGACAACUACAUGCGAGACAUAGCCAACAGUGGCCAACGGAAGCGGCGUCGAUUAUCGAGCAAUGGGAUGACAACGUUUCACCAAGAACAAAACCCCACCUUCCAGCAGUAUAACACCCCUCCAACCCCUCCAACCCCAACACCACCAUCACCAGCGCACCCAAGCCCCCCACCAGCCGUGCCCAACACCCUCGCAUUCCCCACCUCCAACAAGGAAACAAGACGCGCAAAACACGACGAAAUCCGUCUCGCACGGCGUUUCCUCCAAAACAAUAACAACAAUAACGACAACAACUCACCCGAAGCACAAAAGACUCACAUUGAACUCGAAUCCCUCCCAUCCUCUUGGACCAGCAACGACACCACAACGUCUCAGGGUCAGAACCAAUCCCAAAAUAUAACCGCCCCAGCAAAAAGUCCCUCACCAGCACGCGACGACACCACCGAUCUCAACCUCAACCCUAUCCCUAGCAUCGACGCCCCAAAUCCUCACUCGCAAACCCCGUCCAUCACCUCCUCCUCUUUACCUUCCCAAGACCAACAGCAGCAGCAGCAGCAGCAUCCCCUCACCGAAACCAACACCGAAUGGCCCAUCGACGACCUCGAACCCAACCAUAAUAAUCACCACGAAACGGAAACAAACCCCCACCGCCACGCAGCCUACCUCGCCGCACAAGCAGAUAGUUACGAUGCGUGGGCAGACGUGGGACUCGUUUCCGCGGGCGACAAUCACUGUGUGGAGGAGGUUGAGUUGUAAAUUAUAGCUAGGAGGUCCU